AUUUUAACUGGUCGGCGACUCCGCCGCUGCCAUCUUCCCCCUCUCCCCCUCCGUACCACUCGUCUUCGUCUAGCCUCCCGCCCGCAGCCACCAUGGCACCCGGCCUCUACACCGACAUCGGCAAGAAGACCAGAGAUUUGCUGUACAAGGACUACAACACGCACCAGAAGUUCUCCCUCACCACCUGCUCGCCCCAUGGCAUCGCAAUCACAGCUGCAGGAACAAGGAAAAAUGAGUCCACCUUUGGCGAUCUUCACACUCAAAUUAAGAACAAUAAAUUGACGGUCGAUGUCAAAGCGAACUCAGAAUCAGAUCUUUUGACAACAAUCACUGUUGAUGAGAUUGGUACUCCAGGGCUCAAAUCAAUUCUCACUUUGGUUGUUCCGGACCAGAGGUCAGGGAAGCUUGAACUUCAGUACCUACAUGAAUAUACUGGUGUGAAUGCAAGCAUCGGGCUUAAUUCCAACCCUAUGGUUAACCUUUCUGGUGCCUUUGGAAGCAAAGCACUCUCAGUUGGCGUUGAUGUUUCAUUUGAUACGGAGACUAGCAAUUUCACUAAGUACAAUGCUGCCCUGAGCCUCGCCAAUCCAGAUCUUAUUGCUUCCCUUCAUUUGAAUAACCACGGUGAUACCCUGGUUGCGUCUUACUACCACCUGGUAAAGCAUCAUUCAGGCACUGCUGUUGGAGCUGAGCUGUCUCACAGCAUCUCAAGAAAUGAGAGCACACUAAUAUUUGGGUCUCAACACUCACUGGAUCCCCACACGACUGUCAAGGCACGUUUCAACAACUAUGGCAUGGCCAGUGCCCUUGUCCAGCAUGAAUGGCGUCCCAAGUCAUUCAUCACCGUCUCCGGUGAGGUCGACACCAGGGCAAUUGAGAAGAGUACGAAAGUUGGCCUGUCCUUGGUGCUCAAGCACUGAAAUGCUGAGUGUUUGGGGCUCUAGGAUUUUAUUUUCGAUUCGGAUGGAUUGGAAUAAGCAUGGCCUGGUGUCAUCUUUGCGGCACCGUUUGGAUCUUGAAUUACAUAUUCCUCUCCAUGAUCAAUUUCAUAGGAAAAUAUUAGGAUUGAUUUUAUGCUUUAAUUCCCAGCGCCCUGUUAAUAAUUCUGGUGAUUGAGACCUAUUGUUAAGCUUGCCAAAUAUGAUGGUGGUUAUUUUGUGUUCACUUCUAUGUCCAUUCCUUAGUCUGUCAUGCGUUUGGAUGUCUGGAUAAUAGUGGGAUUGUUUAUUGUGGAAUACAUAUAUUAUGUAAUUAUAUAUUCCAGCUUU